AUGUGUCAUACAGAGCCAUCAGCUGUUGUCCAUUUUGAGACUAUGCCUGCAUAUCAAGGUGAUGACUUGGUCGGUGAUAUUCGGGUACUGCAUAGAGUAUUUUGGAGUUAUUACCCCUGCAUCAGGGCAUUCAGACAUUGUAAGCCAGUUGUCCAGGUGGACGGGACUUACUUGUACGGAAAGUAUAAGGGUUGUCUACUAGUCGCAGUUUCACAGGAUGGCAACAACAAUAUCGUCCCAAUUGCGUUUGCUAUUGUCGAGGGAGAGACUUCUGAUGCAUGGCACUUUUUUCUUAGUAACUUGCGUCAACAUGUUGUCACUCGGGAUGGUGUGGGACUAAUAUCCGACCGACACGAAUCCAUCAAUGCAGCUGUGGAACGGAGUAACGGAGCUUGGUCACCUCCUAGAGCUUUUCAUAUGUUCUGCAUCAGGCAUAUAGAGUCGAAUUUUCUGCAAAAAUUCAAGGCACCGUACCUCCAAAAAUUGGUCGUCAACAUAGGAUAUUCGAGGACGGUGUGGGAGUAUGAAGUGCGUUACCAGCGAUUAUGGGAACGGGGGGAAGCGUAUACAAACUGGUUAAACCGAAUUCCUCAUGAACAGUACGCAUUGGCGUUUGAUAGUGGAUACCGAUGGGGUCACAUGACAACGAAUCUAGUGAAAUGCAUCAAUUCAGUGUUGAAGGGUGCACGCAAUCUUCCCAUUACUGCUCUUGUCAAGUUGCAUGCAAACCAACUUGCAUCAGAAAACAUUCAGGUCAGUUGCUUUGACCGGCAGAAUGAGGUCUUCGAGGUGCGUGAGAUGCCAAGUGGACUGGAGUUUGCAGUCGAUCUACGUGGCCUUCGAUGUGACUGUGUUCGGCGGGUGUACCGAGCAAGAUUUAGGCCACUAGUUAACCCGACGACAUGGCCUGCGUACAACAGUCCUCGCUUCGUACCGAAUCCGUAUCUGAGACGUGUCUCGAAAGGGCGCCCCAGGAUGACGCGCUUCUUGAAUGAGAUGGACACGCGAAUGUUACGUCGUCCUAGGCGAUGUACGCUAUGUGGAGCUGAGGGACACAGUCGUAGUAGAUGCCGUCAGUCAGCUGGUACAAAUGCCGACAGAGAUGCUCAGUAG